ACCUCAAAUUUAAUUAAAAAUAUUCAUGAUGGCUGCAAAACCACAUUUUCAGCUUGCAACAAUCAUUUUGGUUCUCUCUAUUGGGCUUGCAAUUGCGGCCCUUGCAAGUGCUUUCGAGCUCACCUCUCCCUCACCCUCGUCCUCACCCUCGCCCUCACCAUCGCCCUCACCAUCGCCCUCACCAUCGCCCUUUGGAUUCUUGAAGCAUUUGAAGGGAUGCCAUAAGGGAGAGAAAGUAAAGGGAAUCAAACAACUCAAGAACUACCUUGAAAAGUUCGGUUACGUUCACUACGACCACUCUAACAAAUCUCACUCCGGCGACGACGACGACUUUGACGAUCUCUUGGAGGCAGCCGUCAAAACAUACCAAAAAAAUUACCAUCUUCGUCCCACCGGAGUUCUCAACGACGAAACCGUGUCAACGAUGUCUAUGCCUCGAUGUGGCUGUCCUGACAUCAUCAACGGCACCAAUACCAUGGAGAGAAAGCACGGCCGCCACCUCGGAUCCCUACGAAGUGUCGCUCAUUUCCGAUUUUUUAAUGGAAAUCCUAGGUGGCCUGCGGGGAAAACGCAUCUAACCUAUGGCUUUCAACCCGGAAUGACAAACAGGUUCUCCAAUAUAAUUGCAAGAGCCUACAAUAAGUGGGCAACUGUCACCCAUUUCACAUUUGACCAAGUGGACUUUAACCGUGCCGACAUGAAAGUAGGGUUUCAUGGCCGGGAAUCAGGUGGCGACACGUUUGAUGGGCCUGGAGGCGUGUUGGCCCACGCGUGGGCCCCGACAAAUGGACGGGCCCACUAUGAUGUCGAUGAGACCUGGGUAGAUGGUGAGGUACCUGGUGGAAUUGACUUGGAGAGUGUGGCCUUGCACGAGAUUGGUCACCAGUUGGGAUUGGCGCAUAGUGAGGUUCAAAAUGCUAUUAUGUUUCCAAGCAUUCCUGUUGGGACAAGAAAGGGCUUACACCAGGAUGAUAGUCAAGGAAUCAAAACUUUAUACGGUGUUUGACUGAGGAAACAAAUUAAUUCUAAAGUUUGAAAAGAUGUGUGAUUUUUUUUGUUAUGUCUAAAUUGAAAAUUUUAUGUGUUACUUGUUUUGUUAUGUCUAAUUUGAAAAAUAAUGAGUUAUAUCUAAUUGAAUAAACUUGAGACCCACAAAUAAUAAUAAUGAUAUUCUUAUGAAUUUAUACAUA